AUGAGUACAAUCACAACCACAACCACAACCACAACUCCAUCAAAAUUUUUUCAUAUAACAGCAUUUAAUAGUUCGCCUAUAUCAACAACUACACCUGGUAGUAGUUCUCCUACAGCAACAACAACGAUUCUAGCCUCUCACUCUCCUCAUCUUAUUCAUCCGAUUUUUCCAACGAUGAUAACAAUUCCUUUCACCACUUCACAUGAGUACGAUCAUAUCAACUAUAAUACUAAACCUCAUCAUCAUCGCAUUCGAAGAAGUUCAGCGACCACAAAAUUUGUUAGAUUUGCUACUAUAAUUGACGAUGUAAAUCAUGACGCCGAUGAUUCCGGAAGCAUAACCAGUUCAACUUGCAGCUCAAUUGAUGGUGAUGAUUUUGAUGUAGAGGGCGAUGAAUUCUUCUUUCCAAAUAGCGAUUUCGUUGUGCCAUCAAAAAUAUCAUAA